CUGCCCCUGGAACUGUGAAACAUCUCCCUCUCUCAGUGCCUGAUUGUUUACCCUCACUCAAACUACUCUCUUAGUGCCUCAUUCUCUAUGGACUUUGAGAACCAUGCACUGAUCUCGUUCUUUUUUCAGGAUCUUGCUCUCACAUCUCCAUCAUUCCAUCUUCUUCAUCGCUCGAAUCUCUUCUCAUUUUUCAUCUCAGUCUUAAUCACGAUUUGAAUCUUUUUCUCGAACAAGUUUGUGCUGAUUUCGAUUGAAAUCUAAAUCGCUCUCUAGUCAUAAGAUACAGAUUGGAUUCUGCUUUUCUUAGUUCCCUAUCGCAUGCGCUUAUUGUAGGUUAAACCCGUAAUUCAGUGAUUUAGAAAUUUGUUAUCAAAAUUUUAGGGUUUUCUUCUCUCAAUGAUUCAACAAUGCUUUAUCAGUUUCUGAUUCCAGUACUUUGUUUUUUUUUUCAACUUUAUCACUUUUCCCUGCGAUUUUCCAAACUUCCUUCGAAUUCAUCGCAGUCGUGGUAUCCGCCAUCAGUGAUGAGCACACCAAGCUCAUCAAAGCCUGCCACAUCUUCCGGUCAUUUCCUUUGAUCUCUUUUCUGAGUGACAGAUCACUGUACAUGAGCACCAAGAACAAUUCAAGUUUUUCAGAUCUUGAAAAGCCACAAGGUGAAUUCGAUGGAAAAGCAUGUGCAGCCAUUGAGCAGAGUAGUCUUAUUUCUCUCUAUGAUACCAUGUUCCUCCAGCUUGAUGUGACUUCAUCCCAACUUCUUGUGAAUGGCUUCUUUAGGGAUGCAGGUUUCAAAAAACAACUUUCAGACACUGUGCACUCACUAUUGGAUUUAAGAGUUAUCCCCAUUUUCAAUGAAAAUGAUGCUGUUAGUACUAGGAAGGCACCAUAUGAGACACUCACAGAUCCAAUUAGGAAAACAUAUACUACUUGUAGCGAAUGCUCUAUAGAAUUUGAGGUGGAUGGACAAUACAAGUUAAACUAGAACUUGUAGUAUAUGAUUUGAAUAUUUUCCCGUGCUUCACUAUUUGUGAAUGACUUAUAUAUGGUUUGCUUUGACGUAGGCAAUGAUUCUUCCUGCUUCUAGAUUAGUUGCUCUAUAGAAUUUGAAUAUUUCAGCUUAUUCCUAGAUGUUUGUACAGUAGCAAAAGUUCAAGUAUGGAUCUUUAUUAUAUUUCAUCAUAUUAUUCCAUUUUCAGAUAUCUUGAACUAACAAGAUUCUUAUUUCAGGUGUUAGGUUCUAAUUAUCUUAGUGUGUUACUUGAGGCUAUUGAUAUAAGGUAACAAAAUUUCUUUUCCAAGAUGGUGAGCCUAAUAAUGUUGUUGAUGAUAGAGAUUUACAUACUAUUCUCAACUAUUAAUUAUUCUUCUUGUGUUGAAUCUUUUAAGCUGAAUAUGAGUAAUAAACUGCUAAACACAAAAUGCUUUGGGAUAUUUUUUAAUGUAAAAUUGUAAAUUAGCUUGCCGUUUGAUUCAUCUCAUCUUUUUAAUACAUGUUUGUUACUUCUAAUUGGGUUGAUCUUUCUUUUCAGGGCACCAAAAUUAACAAUAUAAUUGAAUUAUGUGUUUCUUAAUUUUUCAUAUAUUCCUGACAUUAGGAUAUAAUAUUAUAAUCUUUAAUUACCUAAUUUAUUUAUUUUGAAAUGAAUUCAAUUUAAUUCACUUGAAACUUGUUGUUUCAAAUGGGCUUGCAGCAGGUUGCUGAAUUUGUUCUCCUUCAUGGUCCUUCAUGGCUAACAAAGCUAAAGAAGAGCCUAACACUGCACCUUCUUUUGAUCGGUGGCUACAGUUUGUUUCUAUUAUAAUUAUAAUUUGUUCUUGUUGGUCUUGUUGUAAGUUUGAAUUAAAUUUGUUCUUUCUUAGGUUAUGGCUACAGUUUGUUUCUAUUAUAAUUAUAAUUUGAUCCUUGUUUUUGGUACAUUUUUAUUAUUAUUUAUCUUGAACAUAACAUUAGGUAUUUGAUUUUGAUGUCUUUUGCAGACUAGUGGAUCAUUAUAUGGUGCCUUAAUUGGUUCUGUUUUGGCCUUCAAUGUUGCUGACUUCCUAGGUAGAGCCGUAGAAGAAAGGAGCUGGUUUCAGCGGCAUUGUUAUAUCUUGUCAGAGCACUCGUAACAGCACUAGCUCCAAAUCUUCCUAUAUUGGUGAUAGGGAGAUUUGUUUAUGGUAUAGGAAUUGGAUUGGCAGGUUAUGGAAUCGGUAGCCUUCUGGUAGACACGGUAGCUGGGUGGCGCUAUAUGUAUGGAGUUAGUAGUCCUUUGGCAGUAAUAAUGGGAAUUGGAAUGUGUUGGCUCCCAGCUUCUUCUAGAUGGCUACUUUUAUGUGCUAUACAGGGAAAAGGUGAUGGAGAGAAUUUGAAAAGCACUGCAAUUCAUUGUCUGCGCCGUCUUCGAGGUCAAGCUGUUGAGGACUCAGCUCAUCGGCAAGUGGAUGAAAUUCUGGCUGAGCUUGCUUAUGUGGGUGAAGAAAAAGAGGUUACUUUUGGAGAAAUGUUCAGAGGAAAAAUGCUUGAAAGCCCUUACCAUUGGUGCAGGAUUGGUCUUGUUUCAACAGGAGGUGACAUGCAAUACCAUAAAAUGUUAUUGCAAUGUCAUUUGCGCCAAGGGACUCUCAUGAAGCACAAGUACAGUUUGCUCUUGAAAGAGGUGUACCUGCUGUCAUUGGUGUUCUUGGAACCAUAAAAACGCCUUAUCCUUCUGCGGCCUUCGACAUGGCUCAUUGUUCUCGUUGCUUAAUUCCUUGGGGAGCAAAUGAUGGAAUUUAUACGAUUGAAGUAGACCGAGCUCUAAGACCUGGUGGUUAUUGGGUGCUUUUGGGACCUCCAAUAAACUGGAAGGCAAGUUAUAGAAACUGGCAGAGACCUAAGGAGGAACUCGAGGAAGAGCAAAGAAAGAUUGAAGAGGUUGCUAAGCUUCUUUGCUGGGAGAAGAAGUCAGAGGAGGCUGAAAUUGCCAUUUGGCAAAAAACUAUGGACACCGAAUCAUGCCGUAGCAGACAAGAAGAAUCUGGCAUGAACUUUUGUGAAACAACCAAUGUUAAUGAUGUCUGGUAUAAGAAAAUGGAGGCCUGUGUUACCCGCACGCCUAAAGUUUCUGGUGAACUCAAGCCAUUUCCCGAGAGGCUAUUUGCAACCCCUCCUAGAAUUGCUAAUGGUGCAGUUCCUGGAGUUAGUGUUGAGACAUUCGUGGAGGAUAACAAUAAGUGGAAAAGACAUGUAAAUGCUUAUAAGAAAAUUAAUAGCCUCCUGGAUACUGCUUAUAAGAAAAUUGCACCUACAAUACAAGACCUUGUUGUUAAUCUGACAUGGGUGCAAAGGCAUAAGACUUGUACCAUAUCCAGUCACCAAUGGAGGUGAUUAAAUGAGCAGCUCCUACCACCUGUGAGUUUUAAUUGUUGCCUUUUGGUGCUUUUGUGUUAUCAUGGUGACUGGUUGAAUACUUGUUAUUUAAAUGUUCCUAGUUGAAUACCUUACUGAUUUUUUGCUUAGACAGAAUUGAAGUAGAAACUAAGUAAAAAGAAAGUCAGUGAUUUUUAUUAUCCUUUUUAUAAUCUUUCUGUUAAAGCUGGUUUUCAAUUGAUUAGGCAAAGAGAGCUGGUUCAAAAUUGAAGAGCCAAAUUGUAGCGGAGCAAUUCAUAUAUAAAUGGUCUCAUAUAAUUGAGCAAUUGGGAACUUUGCUUCAUUCUCUCUGCUGUAUUAUUGUAUUGCAUCUGUGCUAGGCUGUGCUAGGCUCUAUUUGUUUUCUUUUGAUCAUUAACUAUGUGCUAAUCAUUGAUGUAACAUAGAUUUA